CUGAAGGGAAAAAAAUCUAUUAUUAUAUUUUGAAUCUCGAAUAAAGAACUAUCUGUUAUAAACAUUAAAUAAUUGUAGCUUUUCCCCUUCUCGUUCGACCUUCCUUCGUCUCUCAAGUUUCUCUUUUUCCCCUUUUAAAUCAGAGAUUCCUAAUAAUCCAAUAUCCAUUUCUCAGUCUUUCUCUUCCACCAUUCUCUUUGAUUACUGUAGUUCGUUGGAUGAAGAACAGAGAGAGUGAAAGUUUCUGUCUUUAAUGGGCAAUUCAUGCCGUCGAUCUUCCAAAGACAAAAUCUACCAAUCCAAUAACACUAAGCCUGAAGAUCACUCCAAAUCCUCCUCUACCACCAACGUUGUUUCCUCAGAUCGCUCUGUUCCCACUUCAGAACAAUCCUCCAAAGAAGCAGCUCACAACAACAACAACAAGGACAAGAAUCCAGCUCUCGUUAUCCCUUCGAGAGAACCAAUCAUGAGACGCAACAUGGACAACCAAGCUUACUACGUCCUCGGUCACAAGACUCCCAACAUCCGCGACCUCUACACGCUGAGCCGCAAGCUGGGACAAGGCCAGUUCGGGACGACUUACCUCUGCACGGAGCUCGCCACGGGGGUUGACUACGCUUGCAAGUCGAUAUCCAAGAGGAAGCUGAUCUCCAAGGAAGACGUCGAGGAUGUAAGGAGGGAGAUUCAGAUCAUGCACCACUUAGCUGGUCACGGCAACAUCGUGACCAUCAAAGGAGCUUACGAGGACUCUCUGUACGUCCACAUUGUGAUGGAGCUUUGCGCUGGAGGUGAGCUGUUUGACAGGAUUAUUCAGAGAGGGCAUUACAGCGAGAGGAAAGCUGCUGAGCUUACUAAGAUCAUUGUGGGGGUCGUCGAAGCGUGUCAUUCGCUUGGUGUUAUGCAUAGAGACUUGAAGCCUGAGAAUUUCUUGUUGGUUAAUAAGGAUGAUGACUUCUCCCUCAAGGCUAUUGAUUUUGGACUGUCUAUAUUUUUCAAGCCAGGUCAAAUAUUCACAGAUGUUGUGGGGAGUCCAUACUAUGUGGCUCCUGAGGUUUUGCUCAAACGUUAUGGGCCUGAAGCUGAUGUGUGGACCGCUGGUGUUAUACUUUAUAUAUUGCUAAGCGGAGUCCCACCUUUCUGGGCAGAAACACAGCAAGGGAUAUUUGAUGCUGUGUUGAAGGGAUAUAUCGACUUUGAUUCAGACCCUUGGCCUGUGAUUUCAGACAGUGCUAAAGACUUGAUCCGUAGAAUGUUAUGCUCCAAGCCUGCAGAACGCUUGACAGCUCAUGAAGUCUUGCGUCAUCCAUGGAUCUGUGAGAACGGUGUGGCACCAGACAGAGCACUUGAUCCAGCUGUUCUGUCACGUCUCAAGCAGUUCUCUGCAAUGAAUAAACUAAAGAAGAUGGCUUUGAAGGUUAUAGCUGAGAGUCUCUCGGAAGAAGAGAUUGCUGGUUUGAGAGAGAUGUUUCAGGCAAUGGAUACUGAUAACAGCGGUGCAAUCACAUUUGAUGAACUCAAAGCUGGCCUCAGGAAAUACGGUUCCACCUUGAAAGACACAGAGAUCCAUGAUCUUAUGGAAGCGGCUGAUGUGGACAACAGUGGGACAAUUGACUACAGCGAGUUCAUUGCAGCGACCAUCCAUCUCAACAAGCUGGAGAGGGAAGAACAUCUUGUAGCUGCGUUUCAAUACUUUGAUAAAGACGGAAGCGGUUACAUAACGAUAGACGAGCUGCAACAAGCGUGUGUGGAACAUAGUAUGACUGAUGUUUUCCUUGAAGACAUCAUCAAAGAAGUUGAUAAAAACAAUGAUGGGCAGAUUGAUUAUGGUGAGUUUGUGGAGAUGAUGCAAAAGGGAAAUGCUGGUGUUGGGAGAAGAACGAUGAGAAAUAGUCUGAACAUUAGCAUGAGAGACGCAUAGAGAGGUGUGUGUUUUAAUCUGUUGACUGCAAAAGGUGUGUUCUUGUUCAUGGGAUCAACACUCUCAAUGCCUCACCACAUAGAAGAAGGAGAGACCAAACCGAGUUCAUAAGCUGUGGAAGAAUGAGCUAAUAAUGUUUAACUACAUCAUGACUUAAUAGUUUUUUCUCUUCCACCUCUAUGUGGUUGUUUGUAUGUUUGUUUGUUAUGGCCAUUGUUGAAGUUAAGUGACCUUUUGUUUAUCUUCAA